GUAUCUUACCCUGUUGAUGUGUGUGUUGUGUUCAAUAACUAUUUCUUCAACAACUUUCAUAGUAUAUUUCUAAGCAACAUGGUGUUUCUUACUCACUACUUUUCUCACAUUUGGCACAAAUCUGAAACAAACUCAUCUGUGAGUGCGCGUUAACAGUCAUUGUUAGUAGUUAAAAGACAAAAGUAUAUAACCUGUGCACAUUGUAGCAAAAAUAAUUUCGCAACUUGGCGUUUAGCAGCUUUUACAAGUCCUAAUAUCAAAUAUGAAUAUAACUUUUAACACUUUGAUAAAAGAUUCAGUUCGUCAUUACUUGAACAUACUUGGAAGGAGACUGUACCUUCAAGUUGAUAUUAUGGAAGAUCGAAGUGCUUUAGCUGAAAUGAAUGAAAGAUACAGAGGUUUAGACGAUAAUCAAAGACUUAAUAUUGCCCCAAGACAUGGUCAAAAUGACGAUCAAUAUCAAUUAUUAUGCUUCUUGAUUGCUGAUUUCAGAGUAAUGAAAAAAAAAAGUACAAUAGAGAGAUUACAGCGGGAUUAUAUGGAAUCUGUUGCAUUUUUCGAAGACAUAAACUAUAUUAUUGACAUUGGAAAAGAUUCCAUAACAAGUAGUGUGAACGACCUCUACAGGCCCUAUCAUGAAGGUUUAAAUUUUUCUAUUGCCCAAGUUCUUACAUUAUUAAAGAAUAUUUUUUAUUUGUCCAUAUCUUUUAAUUUUAAUCAAACCUCCAGAAUAGGAAGAAGAGUUGGACAAAUAAAUAAACCAACUACAACACUAUAUAAUCAUUAUUCAAAAAUUUUUCCAAACACAAAAACACCAAUUCAAGAUUCCACACCAAUUCAAGAUUCCUACCUUUCAAGAAUUGUAAAUAGUUUGAAAAUUCGUAUUUUCAUGUUAACAGAUGUCGAGUUUUUGAUGCCAAUAUUUCUGAAUCCAAUCUACAUCGUCAGUGAGAACGACCUCGUUAAAGCUUCAGAAACAUUUUACCUCCGUUUACUCCAUCAACUCUUUAAAGUUCCUAUAUUAUACGAAGAAUCAAUAAAAGACAGUGACCUGGGGUGUCGAGUCAUACCAGAUUGUUACAUUCAGUUAGCAGAAGAGAAGGUUACCAUCGAAUUCAAAAAAAUGUAAUUACCAGUGUUACAGAACGAAUUAAUAACAUUCCAUUUGAAUCUCCGUUUAAGAUGCACGAAAACGUCAUUCUGAUAUUCAGCCAAAUAACAUAUCAACUGUUAUUUGGGCUGUCGC